AUGGCGAGCGCGGCGACGGGACCGAACGUCGUUCCACCCGUGGUGAAGGAGGGGUCGACGGACGUCGGGUCGACCGAGGGGCAGAAGGCGCCCGAGGUCGAAGAGAACAUCGUCGAGGAGGGCGGCCUCUCGGAGCCGCUGAAGGAGCGCCGGUCCAAGGCCGCUAGGGACCGAGCCCCGCCUAGUGACGCCGACACGCGGGCGGGCGAGGUGCCGUCGACUGAGGCGGUGAUGCAAGCGGAAGAGGCGACCGAGUCACGCCAUCCGCCGCCUUCUACCUUGACUUUCACCGAGCUCCACACGGCGCUUGGUGAAGCACACGUGGCGGAGGUUAAGCGAUUGACCGCGCUCGUGGAGGAGGCGGCGCAGAAGAACCGGAAGCUGAUUGCUCUGGGCAAGGCGCAGGCAAAGGCUCUUGCCGAGGCUCGGGAAGGAUUCGUCAAGGAAUCUUUCUACCGUGAAGCCGAAUUCCGGGCGCAGCAGGCCGAAGAGGCCCGGAAAAGGGCAAAAGCGGAGGUGGCGGAAUUGACGAAGGUCCUGGAGCAGAAGGGCCGGGAACUGGAAGACGUCAUCGCCGAGUACAAGGUAAAGCUGGAGGCUGCGACUGAUGCGCGGGACUCCACGGCGAAUCCGCGGGAAUGCUCGUCGACCGCGACGGCGCGUAUCAUCGCUCUGUGCGGGGAGAUAUCGGCCGCGCUCCGGUACUCGAGUCCGCGGGAGGUGAUUCCGCGGGACACGCCGUCCGUCUUCGGGGCCGUGUCCAACAUUCCGGCCGUUGUUGACCGGCUCGCCGCUCCUCCUGCCGUGUUGGCAUUACCAUGGCUCUGA